AUGGAUCACGGUCGGUUGCUUGCCGACUUCGACGACGACGAGGUCCCGCCGGAAGAGGCGAUCGAGACCGAUGCCGACAGGAGCGCUGGGGGACCACGCCCGGCAAAGAUUCAUCGGGCUUCCAAAGCUUGUAUCCAAUGUCGCGGUCGUAAACAGAAGUGCUCGGGACCUGGCGGUGGCAGCAGCGCCGGCCUCUCGGCAUCGGCACCGGAAGACCAAGCUCGACGACCCUGUCGGCGAUGCGCACAGUCGGCCGUUCAGUGCUCUUUCACCACCGCCACCAAUGAUCAGGGAUUCGAUGAUGCAGAUGCUGCCAGCCGAAACGCCCGCAAGCUUGAUCGGAUGCAGAAGCAGAUUAAUGAGCAGAACGAUCGUAUCAACCAACUGGAGACCACCGUGCGCAAUCUCAGUACUGCCACAACUAUCGUCGCACAGGGGGGCAAAUCACCAGGUUCGUGCAAAAGUGGGACAGAUGUCACGAACCCUCAUCUGCCGCAAACGAUGGUCGGCACUCGUAGAUCGUAUGACGAGGUCAACGAAUUAGCAGCAUCUCCAAUUGCAAAGCGGACAAAGAUUCGCAAGGAUGGAGUCCUUGCCAGCGGGCCCGCGAUGUUCCAGGAGGCUGGUCUGGGUCGCCGAAUCGAUGCUCAGGGUGUUGUUGACUUUGGAACACCUAUGUCGAUGCUCCGUCACUUGCGCCAAGAUAUUAGUGAUAUGAGCAUGGAGAAUGAGGCACUGGAUCCGAUAAUGUGUGGAGUUAUGACAAUGGCGCAGGCCCAAGAAAGCUUCAACACUUUCUUUGAACAAUGCCACAGAUGGGCUCCGGUACUCUGCCCACAAACCCAGACCUCGGCCGCCGGCAUUCGGCGAGCCUGCCCGACGCUGUUUAUAUCCGUAUGCUGUAUAGGAUAUCGCUUCGCCAGCGCGUCUACUCCCGAGGCUCACCGUCGAUACAUGGCUCUCGUCUCGCUUCUUGACCACUCUCUGAGCCGUCUCCUCCUGAGGCCGAAUUUGGCCGACGUCAAUCUGGACCAUAUCCGCGCAAUACUUUUGUACAUACAGUGGAUGCCCAUUGACAACAUUAGCAGCUCAACGCGGUCAACCAGGUAUAAUGCCAUCUCGGCAUGGAGCAUGCUGGGCCUGGCUAUCCGCUAUGCCCUUUUUCUAGGGCUUCAUCAGAAUGCUGUACUCCCUUUCAACUCAAAUGAUGGCGCAACGCCAACACUGGAGGAUGUUGGUCGAUUGCGUGUCUGGAUCAAUUUGCUCACCUGCGAUGCCGCCUUGACACUUUCAAGCGGCCUCCCGGCGACACUAAACCCAGAUCCAGUGGUGGCCGUUGCUGACCGAUUCAGGUCACACCGCAGUGCAAGUCAUCCUGACGACACGAGGAGUUCGGCGACAUGCGAACUUGUCUCCAUUCUCAAACGAGCCGUACGGCGCAGUGGAAGCCCCAAUGCGCGCUCCUUAGAUGCCGCCUGUUUGCAACAGGUGAAUCUGGAACUUGAUACAUGGGAGGCAGGCUGGAACUCUGUCAUUGGCGAUCAGAUACAUCACUACCAAAUGCCUUUCACAACUUUGCGGUCCUAUCGUCUUUCUAUCAACAGCGCCUGUCUCUCGCCGCUGUUGCGGGCGUCAGCAGGCCCUGGUCGCAUAUCCAUCUACGUGCUCCAGGCUCUGGAAGUUAGUUUACACACGGCCGCCCUUACCAUUUUCGCUCUGUCUGAGCAAUCUACGCACCAGACGUGGGGGAGCUACAAGACGAUCGAAGCACUGCCCGAGGGUAGCUACACACCCGACUUGGAAGCCAUCAACCGCAUUAAAUAUUCAGUGGAUUCGACAUGGAUCUCGUACAGCUUUGCGACCAUGUUUCUUGUCUUGUGUUACAAAAACGGCAUUGUCGACGAAGACUUGAGAAUUUUGGCCCUUUGCUACAACAAUGCUGAAAUGGUUACAUUUCCCCAGCGCCAGACAACUUCCUCCCUCCUCUUCCGGUUGAUCUCUUUGGCGGUGCAGAUAUUUGAUCUCGCAAGCGCAGAUCUGCUGGCUCAUCUCGCAUUGGAUCAAAAGUCUCUCUUGUCUGGUGUAUUUGCUGUUGUUCUCGGCGACUUGACCGCGGAAAACGAGAUCCAUUCUGAGACACCAGCACCAGCUCCUUAUUCCGAUCGAGAGGUGGAAGCGCUCUUUGAUUCAAUGGUGAAUGGUAUGGACUUGGGUUGGUGUGUCGAUUAA